AUGGGAAAAUCUCCUCAGUCAAAAAAUCGAAAACCAGGUAAGAGAAGGGCAGAUCAACUGGUAUGUGAUGUGAAACGUGCGAAGCGUGUGAAUAUGAUUGUGUCCACACCGAACCAACCCGGUAGCAGUGACGAUUUCGUGGAGGAACGCCCUCGUACUCGUGUCAAGCCGUCCAUCGAGCAUAAGGGUGAGGGUGAAGGUAAAGAGUCGGCAUUCAUUCAAGAGUUUGCAUCUAAAACCCGAAUUCUUGCAAAUACCGGUGUUGAGAUAUUACAGCUCGUUGAGAAGGCUGCACGGGUUCUAUUUGGCGAUGAAAAUUUUAUGAAGAUGCAAGCUGCCGCACAGAAAUUUCUCGGCGUUUCAAAUGAAAUUGUUGUUGAUACGAAUGUCGUUGUUGAUGAUGCGGGUGUCGUUGGUGUACAAGAUGAUGUUGUUGUCGCCGAGCAGACUGAUGAUGGUGAUGAUGGUGUUGAGACUGAUUGUGUUGAUGGUGUGGAUGGUGUUGAUGGUGUUGAGAGUGGACGUGCAAAUAAGACUAAGACUGGAGUAACACAAGGCGAUAUGGUGUCUCAUGCGUUCAUAUGUCGUGUUUUGGGUUUUGGACAUAUUUUCUUGAAUGAUGAUGGUUUUUGUGGCAUGAACGUUGAAAAUUGA